AUCCUUCCCCCUUUCCUCUUCCCCACCACUCUUCUCAUCGUGUAGCUCUGUCUGCACGUCCUACGCGUGUUCCGUCUUCUGUCAGAGACAUGGAACAUUGUGAUCCUUUCAAUUGGCUUUCGUGAUCAACAAUUCCCGGUCAACAGCUUGCACCAUGGCCUCGGUGACGGCAGGCUCAAAGCCGGGCUGCGUGCAGCACCAAGUGACCAACGUACUGCGUGCCGUGGUCGGCCAAGCUUGUCAACACCCCAUCUAUACCCUGAUUGUGGCGAGCUUUCUGGCUGCAACUGCCUAUAUCAAUAUGUUGGAAGCGAGUUUUCUGGCAGUCAGCGUAGGCCCCGGAUUGAAGACCGACGCAGCACAUUUGAAUGUCCAGCCAUUUCUUUGGGGCAGCCGCAGUCUUCGUCUUGGGGAAACGAGCUCGUGGAAGUGGCAUGUGGAUGAUACUCCGGAGGCGGUUGGCCAUGGAGAAAUUGAGCACCACUGGGCCCUCGUUACUCUUGGAUUUCCCAAUCCACCCACCGAUAGCAGCCUCUCCUCUCUAGCAUACAUGUUGCCGGAGUCCGUCGGCGCAGAAUCCAUCACACAAACCUCCACCUGGUUUACAUCGCUGUCCAAUGAGCUCUUGCUUGCUUUCAAGGUUCCGUACUCGAAGCUCGGAAACUUUAUACAGGUCGUCGAAUCGGUUGCCGACGGUCAGGAUACUAUGUGGGCGAUGAAGCGUUUCCACCGAGAAGACCGUCGCAUUUCUCUUGGGCGCUGGCUGGGGAGAUCGUGGAUUUCAUUCCUCCAUCGGGCGAAGCAUGCAGAGACGGUUGAUUUGGUGAUUAUCGCGCUGGGAUACCUCGCAUUCAAUAUGACUGUUAUCUCUCUUUUCCGAGCGAUGCGUCACCUGGGCUCCCGCUUUUGGUUGGCGAGUUCAGUUCUGCUCUCUGGAGCCUUUGCAUUCGUGCUCGGAUUAGGUGUCACAACUGCCUGGGGAGUGACGGUGGAUAUGCUUCUGCUCACGGAAGGAAUUCCUUUCCUGGGUCUGACCGUGGGUUUCGAGAAGCCCAUCCGGUUCACUCGUAGCGUUCUUUGCGCGUCGAAGGAACUGGGUCGUAGGUCGCAGUCUUCCGCUGGUGACGAUGACCGAAAGCGUCAGAUGAUUCCAAAUGCCAUGCAGGUGGCUAUCGAUGCAGAAGGGUGGUCGAUCGUCCGAUCUUAUAUCCUGGAAAUCGGGGCUCUGGCCCUUGGCGCGGCGUCGAGCCCACGAGAGAGAUUCGGACAGUUCUGUUUCCUGGCUGCAUGGAUGCUGCUCUUCGAUGCAAUCCUUCUGUUUACCUUCUAUGCCACCAUUCUCUGUGUUAAGCUUGAGAUCACCCGCAUCCAAAACCCUGGCAUCCUUGACAAGGCCGAUGAGCGACGGGGUCCUCGCAUGUUUGGGUACAAGGUCAAGCCGGCGAACGUGUCCCGGUGGAAGUCCAUGAUGGUGGGAGGUUUCGUGCUGUUUAAUGUUCUCCAGCUAUCCUCCUUUGUCUAUCGCAUCAUGGGCGGUUUCGUGACCAAUGCUUCUUUGGCUCCUACCACCGUGAGUCCAUUCAAAGUGGCCGCGAACGGGCUCAGCGAUAUCUAUCUGGGUGCCCGCGCUGGCGGAGUCGAGACCCGAGUAACGGUACUGCCACCCAUUCAAUAUGUAAUGCAAUCAUCUAGAAUCAGUCCCUCGUCCGCCAGUCAGCCUGUGUUCGACGGCGUUCUGGAGGGCUUAGAGAGCCCACUGGGUCGACUUUGUCUCAUUGGUGCUUUAGUCGUCAGUCUGGUUCUCAAUAAGCAUCUGAUCCAUGCAGCCCGCUGGCAUAUCUCUGACGCACCAAAAGCCCCGUCUCUACCCGCUGACUCUUCUGCGUCUGUAUCGGAGUCUCACUCUCGGAGCCCAGAGGAAGUCGAAGCCCUGCUCAAAGCUAAUCGGACGGACUUGCUGACCGACGAUGAGUUAGCUGAGCUAUGUCUCCGAGGUAAGAUCCCCGGAUACAGCCUGGAGAAGACCCUAGAAAGCACGGCGACCACCCGACUAGAAGCGUUCACCAGGGCCGUUCGGGUCCGUCGUGCUGCCGUGUCACGGACGGCUUCCACUGUCGACCUCACCAGCGGCCUCAAGGAUUCCCUUCUUCCGUAUCGCAACUACAAUUAUGAGCUCGUACACGGCGCCUGCUGCGAAAACGUGAUCGGAUACCUGCCCUUGCCCCUGGGACUCGCAGGACCCAUGGUGAUUGAUGGUCAGUCGUACUUCAUUCCGAUGGCAACGACAGAGGGUGUUCUGGUGGCCAGUGCCAGCCGCGGCUGCAAAGCUAUCAACGCUGGGGGCGGUGCCGUGACGAUGCUCAAAGGCGAUGGCAUGACCCGGGGCCCCUGCUUGGGCUUCCCCUCCGCCAAGCGUGCUGCAGAAGCUCAACGAUGGGUUGAAUCUCCGGCAGGUCGCGAGUUGCUGACUGAGACCUUCAACUCCACCAGCCGUUUCGCCCGCUUGCAAACUCUGACUGUGUCCCAAGCUGGAACUUAUCUGUAUAUCCGCUUCCGCACUACGACCGGCGACGCGAUGGGCAUGAACAUGAUCUCCAAAGGCGUUGAAAAGGCGUUGCAGGCGAUGACGGCCAACGGCUUCCCGGACAUGAACACCAUCACCUUGUCAGGCAACUUCUGUGCAGACAAGAAAUCAGCGGCCGUCAACUGGAUUGAGGGCCGGGGCAAGUCAGUGAUUGCCGAGGCGACGAUCCCGGCAGCCACGGUGCGCUCCGUACUGAAGACCGACGUGGAUAGCUUGGUUGAGCUGAACACGGCCAAGAACCUGGUUGGCAGCGCCGUGGCCGGCAGUAUGGGCGGGUUCAACGCCCAUGCCUCCAACCUAGUCCAGGCCGUAUUUUUGGCCACUGGCCAGGAUCCGGCUCAAAAUGUGGAAAGCAGCAGUUGCAUCACGACAAUGAAGAAUAUCGAUGGCAACCUACAUAUUGCCGUCUCCAUGCCCUCGGUCGAAGUCGGCACCAUUGGCGGUGGGACCAUCCUCGAAGCCCAGGGAGCAAUGUUGGAUUUGCUUGGGGUUCGUGGCGCCCAUGCCACUGAUCCCGGCGCCAAUGCUCGACAGUUGGCCCGGAUUGUGGCCGCAGCUGUGCUGGCGGGCGAGCUGAGUACUUGCUCGGCCCUCGCUGCGGGCCACCUGGUUAAUGCCCACAUGCAGCAUAAUCGCAGUGCUGCGUCGGCAAAGAAAUAAGGUCCCAUCAAUUACUCAUUACGAUGAACCACAGUCAUGCCAUAGUUCAUCUUAUAGUAUGCAAAUCUGCCGUCAGUGACAUUACCUUGCUAUGAUCUGAGGUCGCGCGUAUCUAGUGAUAACUAACGACCCCCCCAUAGUCUCGAUGAGACCGGCUCCUUGCAACCUCAUUUCCUGUAGAAGAAGAUUGCC